CAUGUACCAAUCCACAACAAAGAUCAGCAAAUAGGAACAUUUGUUUAUAAUCAGAGACAGAGUUGUCGAUUAAUGGAGACCAAGAAAAACACCAUUAGUGUACUCAUGUUACCAUGGCUAGCUCAUGGUCACAUUAGUCCAUUCCUAGAGCUAGCCAAGAAGCUUGCAAAUAGAAACUUCCAUAUUUACCUGUGUUCCACUCCUGUAAAUCUAAGCUCAAUCAAGAAAGGAGUUGCACAGAAGUAUUCUCAGUCAAUAGAAUUAGUCGAGUUACAUCUUCCGUCUUUGCCAAAUCUUCCUCCUCAUUACCACACAACGAAUGGUCUUCCGCCCCAUCUCAUGAACACUCUCAAAACAGCUUAUGAAACGGUAGCUCCGAGUUUUUCCAAAUUAUUACAAACUCUAAAUCCGGAUUUGGUCAUUUAUGACUACAAUCAACCAUGGGCUGCUGAUUCUGCUACCUCUGUGAACAUUCCUGCAGUGCAGUUCCUCACUUUUAGCGCGGCCGUGAUUGCUUUGGGCAUCCACAUGUAUGAUAAUCCAGGAGAGAUGUUUCCAUUUCCUGAAAUUUACCUGAGUGAAUACGAAAGACUUUCGUUGGAUAAAGCUCUACAAGGUGGGAAGUUCCCAUUUGACGAGGGUCUUAGGCGAUCACAGGACAUUAUUCUGAUGAAAACUUGCAGAGAUUUUGAAGGGAAAUAUAUGGAUUAUCUUUCAAGUUUAGUCUCCAAGAAAAUAGUCCCGGUUGGUACACUAGUUCAAGAAUCCACCAACAAAGAUGAUCAUGAGGAGAUCAUGCAAUGGCUUGACAAGAAAGACAAACGUUCAACUGUCUUUGUUUCAUUUGGGAGUGAGUAUUUUCUAUCAAAGGAAGAAAUCCAUGAAGUAGCUGAAGGACUUGAGCGUGGCAAAGUGAACUUCAUUUGGGUCAUCAGGUUUCCACAAGGUGAAAGAAUUAGCAUUCGAGAUGCAUUACCAGAGGGGUUUCUUGAACUGGUAGGAGAAAGAGGAAUGGUUAUGGAAGGAUGGGCUCCUCAAGCAACAAUUCUUCAACAUGCAUCGAUAGGUGGAUUCAUGAGUCACUGUGGAUGGAGUUCUUUUACGGAAAGUAUGAAGUUUGGUGUGCCAAUAAUUGCUAUGCCAAUGCACAUUGACCAACCAAUGAAUGCUAGGCUAGUGGAAUAUAUGGACAUGGGAGUCGAAGCAGUGAGGGAUGAGAAUGGGAAACUACAACGUGAAGAGAUUGCAAAGGCGAUAAGGAAGGUGGUAGUGGAGGAAAGUGGGGAGGUUGUGAGGAAGAAAGCUAAGGAGCUGAGUGAGAAGAUGAACGCAAAAGGGGAUGAAGAGAUAGAUGGUGUGGUGGAAGAGUUGGUGGCACUUUGUAACAACAAAUAAUCAGCAACAAGAUUUAAGAGUUAUAACCAUUACUCCAAAUAUAUUUUUAAUUUCAUUGGUAGUAUUUGAAGAUCAUUUAUCCCCUUUUCUGUGUUAUCAACACUCAUUUGUUAUAAAUAUAACCACUUGUUGGA